AACAGACAGCCCAGAAUGAAGAAAGCAAGCAGGAGUGUUGGCUCAGUGCCCAAAGUGCCUGGAGUAAAUAAAACUCAAACAGCUGAAAAAGCCAAACCAGAAAACGGCUCCUCAGUGUCUGCAGUAACAAAACUCUCCAAAACUGGAACAUCAGCAUCUCUUUUGAAGACUAAGAGUAACGAUGACCUCUUAGCAGGGAUGGCUGGUGGUGGUGGAGUGACAAUGACCAAUGGUGUCAAGGCAAAGAAGAGCACUUGUGUAUCAACAGCAUCUUCAGCUUCAGGGACGACCAUGAACAGUCUGGAAAAUAAACCCAAAACUAUUGCAGGUACAAGUUCCACAACUAAGCGUAGCACUUCAUCUGGAAAUAAAGAGUCAAGCUCUUCUAGAGAAAGAAUACGCGAUCGUUCUCGUUUAAGUCAGAGCAAAAAGCUACCUUUGACCGGACAGGGGACCAACGAUACGGUACUGACAAAACGCUCCCGUAGUCGCACCAAUCCAGAAUCGGAUAUUCGAAUGAGCAAGUCCAAAUCAGACAAUCAAAUCAGUGACAAAGCUGCAUUGGAAGCAAAGGUGAAUGAUCUUUUGACAUUAGCAAAAACUAAAGAUGUGGAAAUCUUGCAUCUGCGGAAUGAACUAAGGGAUAUGCGUGCUCAGCUGGGACUUAACGAAGAUCAACUUGAAGGUGAUGAAAAAUCUGAAGAAAAAGAGGCCAUUGUUGUCCAUCAGCCAACUGACGUAGAGUCUACGUUGCUACAAUUACAGGAACAAAACACUGCCAUCCGAGAAGAGCUCAACCAGCUGAAGAAUGAGAAUCGAAUGUUAAAAGACAGACUAAAUGCAUUAGGCUUUUCUUUGGAACAAAGGCUGGACAACUCUGAAAAACUCUUUGGCUAUCAGUCUUUGAGUCCAGAGAUUACAGCUGGCAACCACAGUGAUGGUGGUGGUACUCUGACAUCGUCAGUGGAAGGUUCGGCUCCUGGAUCAAUGGAAGACUUGUUAAGUCAGGAUGAAAACACUUUGAUGGACAAUCAACAUAGUAAUUCCAUGGAUAAUUUAGACAGUGAGUGCAGUGAAGUUUAUCAGCCACUGACAUCAAGCGAUGAUGCCUUAGAUGCUCCAUCAUCUUCAGAGUCUGAAGGUGUACCAAGUAUAGAAAGAUCUAGGAAGGGAAGCAGUGGCAAUGCGAGUGAAGUGUCUGUAGCUUGUCUGACAGAACGAAUACAUCAGAUGGAAGAGAAUCAACACAGUACAGCUGAAGAGCUCCAAGCCACGCUUCAAGAGCUUGCAGAUUUGCAACAAAUAACACAAGAGCUAAACAGUGAGAAUGAAAGACUUGGAGAGGAAAAAGUAAUCCUUAUGGAAUCUUUGUGCCAGCAAAGUGACAAGUUAGAACACUUCAGCCGUCAGAUUGAGUAUUUUCGGUCCCUUUUAGAUGAACACCAUAUUUCAUAUGUAAUUGAUGAAGAUAUGAAAAGUGGUCGCUACAUGGAGUUAGAGCAACGUUAUAUGGACCUUGCAGAGAACGCUCGGUUUGAGCGAGAGCAGCUGUUAGGUGUUCAGCAGCACUUGAGCAACACUUUGAAGAUGGCAGAACAAGAUAACAAGGAGGCCCAAGAAAUGAUAGGGGCAUUAAAAGAAAGAAAUCACCACAUGGAACGGAUUAUUGAAUCAGAGCAGAAAAGCAAAACAGCGAUAGCAUCUACCUUGGAGGAGUACAAAGCCACAGUAGCCAGUGACCAGAUUGAGAUGAACAGGCUGAAAGCUCAGUUAGAGCAUGAAAAGCAGAAAGUGGCUGAGUUGUAUUCUAUACACAACUCCGGAGAUAAAUCAGACAUACAGGAUUUGCUGGAGAGUGUCAGGCUGGAUAAAGAAAAAGCAGAGACAUUGGCCAGUAGUCUGCAAGAAGAGCUGGCACACACUCGCAAUGAUGCCAAUCGAUUGCAAGAUGCCAUUGCUAAGGUUGAAGAUGAAUACAGAGUGUUCCAAGAAGAAGCCAAGAAACAAAUUGAGGAUCUCAAUGUGACUCUAGAAAAACUUCGGACAGAACUGGAUGAAAAAGAGACUGAGAGAAGUGACAUGAAAGAAACUAUCUUUGAGUUGGAGGAUGAAGUAGAGCAGCAUCGUGCUGUGAAGCUUCAUGACAAUCUCAUCAUAUCUGAUUUGGAGAAUACAGUUAAAAAACUUCAGGACCAAAAGCAUGACAUGGAAAGAGAGAUAAAGAAUCUUCACAGGAGACUCCGGGAGGAGUCAGCAGAAUGGCGUCAGUUCCAGGCUGAUCUACAGACUGCAGUGGUUAUAGCAAACGAUAUAAAGUCUGAGGCCCAGGAAGAGAUAGGAGACCUGAAGCGUAGAUUACAUGAAGCUCAGGAGAAAAAUGAGAAGCUCACUAAAGAGUUGGAGGAAAUAAAGUCGCGCAAGCAGGAAGAGGAACGUGGUCGAGUGUACAAUUACAUGAAUGCUGUAGAGAGAGAUUUGGCAGCUCUGAGACAAGGAAUGGGCCUGAGUCGCAGAUCAUCCACCUCCUCAGAGCCAACUCCUACUGUGAAAACACUCAUCAAGUCUUUUGACAGUGCCUCCCAAGUUCCAAGCCCUGCUGCUGCCACAAUUCCUCGCACUCCCCUGAGCCCAAGUCCCAUGAAAACUCCCCCAGCUGCUGCUGUAUCCCCUAUGCAGAGGCAUUCUAUAAGUGGACCAAUCUCAGCUUCAAAACCCCUCGCUACGCUGACAGACAAAAGACCGAGCUAUGCUGAAAUCCCUGUUCAAGAACAUUUGUUGAGAACAUCUUCUACCAGCAGGCCAGCGUCUUUGCCAAGAGUACCCGCUAUGGAAAGUGCCAAAUCUAUUUCUGUCUCUCGAAGAAGCAGUGAAGAAAUUAAACGGGAUAUCAGUGCACCUGAUGGAGCAUCUCCAGCAUCUCUCAUGGCAAUGGGUACCACCUCACCACAGCUGUCACUCUCAUCUUCUCCUACGGCAUCAGUCACUCCUACAACCAGAAGUCGAAUAAGGGAAGAGAGGAAAGAUCCCUUGUCUGCCCUAGCAAGAGAAUAUGGAGGAUCUAAGAGAAAUGCCUUGCUGAAAUGGUGCCAGAAAAAAACAGAAGGAUAUCAGAAUAUCGACAUAACAAACUUCAGCAGUAGCUGGAAUGAUGGCUUGGCUUUCUGUGCAGUCCUCCAUACAUACCUCCCAGCCCAUAUUCCCUAUCAAGAACUAAACAGCCAGGACAAGAGAAGAAACUUCACGUUGGCUUUUCAGGCAGCUGAAAGUGUUGGCAUCAAAUCUACUCUGGACAUCAAUGAAAUGGUGCGAACUGAGCGUCCAGACUGGCAGAAUGUCAUGCUGUAUGUUACAGCAAUUUACAAAUACUUUGAAACCUGAAACCGUAAUAAUUCAACAGCUCUAUGGGAUAGAACCAACAUGAGCUACGAGGUGGAAAUCUUACUGAAAUGCUAAUCCCCAUUUCACUGAAAACUGGCAACAUUUGAGUCCCUUCAAACUUCAGUGACACUAUCCUGGAUUGCCUCAGAUUGCUUCAGCUACUAAGCCUGGAAACAACUGUUUAAAAGCAAGAACUUGUUGCCACAGUGCUUGGAAUAACCCCAGUUAUUAAGCUAUUCAGAUUAAUUAUGUAGCCUAAAGAGCCUGGACUACUUAUGUGCUGCCUUUCCAGCCAGACUUCCUGAAGCUUUCUUUCCUAGGAGAGUGAGAUGAAUGGAUCCUCUAGCAUAUAGGAGACUAAAUGUACGGCUAAAGCUUUGAGAAGGAGAAGGAUAACAUGGCGUCGUAUUACUGAACUUUCUGUAGCAUCCUGAUACCACAGAGUCUGAAUAUUCUACCCACAGCAUAUGGCACCCCGAUACAGUAGAGUUCUUAAUGGUAAUUUAGUUACUGCCUUUACAGCUAUUUUCCCUCCUUUACAAUGUGCACAAUAUUCUAGGAAGACAAGCUUUUAUUUCGUAAUGACAAAUCGAGUGGAAAAGUGCUCUCAGUACCUCGAAAAAUUUGGCACAGAAGAACUCUUCAUUCUAAAGCUUCAUUAUAAGCCUACCUCUGUCACAGUGAUGUGGCUUCCAACUUUAUCUUACAGAUUGUAAAGACUAGCACAUACAGCUCCUGGUUUUCAGGGUACACUGUACUUCAAGGAAUCUGUCCAAACUCCCGUGCUUCCAUUAGAACAGAAAUUAAUCAAUAAUCAACCCUUGUGCCGUUUGUUCUUCCCCCUCUUCCUCCUUUGCCUGUAUAGCACGCACAGCUACCCCAGGCUUUACUCUACAGCAAUACGAGCAUACGUCAUGGAUAUCUGUGGUAGAAUUUUGGAACUGGAAUAGCAUUUCCUCUGCAGAGAAGAUAUUUUCAAUAAGGUGUAAUAAUGAAGUAGUUUGUCUCCAAAUCCAGCUUUGCCAUGUUUUCUGUGUGUUUUUCAUUGAUCUUGCACAUCCUCAUCUGACAGAAGGUGAGACGUUCUCUGACAAGAACUGUGGAGGUACUGAUGUAAUGUGUAUACACCCAGUAAUCUCGAAUAUUGUGUGGAAAUGACUCACAAUCGCAAGGAAGGAAUUGAGAAACUUUAGUCUGCUCAGCUUCUAUUUUCCUAAAAUGUACCCGAAUUCAUGCAACAGCUCUCGGGCAAAAGAGUUCAAGUAAGUGCCUUAGCGAUCAUUGAAUUGAUACAUCCUGGCACUUCAGGGCCUUGUGCAGAAUGUUAAUGGCUCAGAACGAUUUCAUAUAUCCAUUUGUCAUUAGCUGUUUGUUGUAAUCUUGUUUGUCAAGUCAAGGGAAGACUUCACUCUAUCGUUGCUUCUGCCUAUUAUUUUUCGGAAUACUUAUCAGCAGUUAAGCCACAGUUGAACAUCUUUUAUUAAUAUUAGGCAGAAGCCUACUUUGGAAGUGAGUUCUGUAACAACUGCUAUUUAUAAGCACAUGCUCUUUCAACACAUUAACCCUGUUAUAAAGAAAAUUAAUCUGCCAUUCCUAUGGUGCUCUUAUGACUGUUAAGGACAGUUUGAAUGUCAUAGAUGUUAACCCAGUGAAUGCAACUGUGCUUGGCAUCUGUGAAACUUCAUCAUGGUAUAAAAGCACAGAUUUAACUCAAAAUUAUUGCCAAAUCCAAAAACCUGUCAUCUGAUGAACAUAGCCCAUGUGAAGAGUAAUAAUUCAGCAUGUCUCUUGCAGCUAGCAUUAUAUAAAAAUAUAUGCUUACACUGUUAUGUGCCUGUGAGAAUUACAAAAAUUUGCAGAAUAACUACUUAAUCCAUGCUGAGGGCCUUUGGAGAAGUUUUCAGAGCAGCAGUGUCUCAUACAUUCUCAUAAUUUUUUAGAACGCUAAAAGUAGCUAGAUACCCUCAGAUUAUUAAUUGGUGCAUUUGAAGAGCCAACGUAAUCUAAAGACAAUUGUUGCAAGAGAGGCUUCGAGUGAAAAAUCUUCAUCAACAGAUUUUAAUAAAAGUCUGAAAUACAAUUUCCUCUCCCGUAUAUUUCUUCAAAAAUUUUUGUUUACUUCAUUUCUUCAAAUAAGUUUCAAUAAGAAUAGUCUUAUUGGAAAUACGUUAUUGCUAUCUCACAUUCCAUCUCUUACUACUAAAUUCCAGGUUUUGCCAAUUUGUGUUUAAAAAACCUAUUCAUCCUCUGAACAGACAUUCUUAUGAAUACGAUUGUCUUAUUCAUGGCCUUAGAUUUUAAGAAAAUAUUUUUCUAAUGAAAAUGCUAGCAUUUCUUGGUCUAAAUUCACUCAUGACCUGCUUUGUUAAGGUAAUUUGAGCUUUAAGCUGAUUUUUUUUCUGCCCAAUGGUCAACUUCAUUUACCUGGAAUGUCUUAUUAGUCCCUAACUGAAAUAACACUAACAGUAUAACCAUUUGUAAAAGGAUACCUUUUCCAGAUACUUUCUGUUAAAAAGAUCAGCUGCUGGUCUUCAGAGAGAGAGAAAAGUUAUUAGUAAUUAUAAAAAUGAUCUUGUUUUGAACUUCAGAGCUCUGUAAACUUCUUCUUAGUAUGAUCUGUCUGAUAAACCUCUGGUGAAUUCAUAUCUGUAAAGGAACAUUGGGUUUCAUGAAGAGGCUUUUUUAUAAUGAUAUAUCUGAGCCUUUACAUGUAAGAUGCUGCACAGCUGUCCGAGUGGAAGUAAUGAAGCAAUGGAAGAUCUAAAACAAACGUAAUGCCCUGCUGCGCUCUACAACAUGUUUUUUCUGAAGGUUCAAACUGCAUUCAAUUUUUCAAGAGGAAGAAUAGCUGUAGCCCUUCUGGAUGUGGAUGAUACUGCUCUGUUUGGUUCCUACUUAUAGUUAAUCCUGAAGCAGCCUGUUUUUUUGUGCAAGUUUAUGCUGAUUAACUUUCCUUUUCUUUUUGAUCCAGAAAAUAUUUCUGAAUGUACUAAAAAAGGACAAAUAUUUUAUUGUUAAUUUGUAUUUCUAUUAUUGCAUUUGAAUAUGUGCCUUGCAAAUGCCUGUGCUGUAGUGUAUCGGGGUUACUCACUGCCACUGUAGGGGUGGGGUGGGCAACAAAACGGAGCUGUCGAACGUAUUGAUGCAGAUAUAGCUAUAUCAUCUUCUGGCUCCUGUUCACUGAAACAAUUCCAUAGAUUGGAGAGGUCAGUUCAGAGCCAGAUGUGUAUUCAGUUUGGCUAGUUGUUGUCCUGAUGCAAGAUCAUCAGCAAUGAACUGAAUGAACAGUUAUGGGGUUUUCUUUACUAAAAAAGAAGGGAUGAGAGGAAAAACUGAAUUUUGGUUAUUCAGGAAAACUCUAUCAGAGAAGUUCUGAUAUGGAUUAUCUAACAAUAACGGAGCUGAGGUGACUUCAGAAUGGAUUACAUUUGAUUUGGUUUUCAGUUGGUUUUGUUUGAUCUAGUUUGAUUUGUUGUCUUGUAUAUUUAAAUAGAAACACUAAUUUAGUAUCUCUGGUGUGAAUCUCUGGCCCUCACAAAGACCUCUCAUUCUUAUGCCUCUGAAAAAUUGUGAGUGAAAUUUUCCCUUUUAAAAUUGUGUUUGUGGAUAGGUUAUCUAGAAUAUA